AUGACUCAGAAGACGAGGCAGCAUUGUUUCAUAUCAACUAUCAAUGGUCCAGCAGUUGCUCAACCAGUUCUGCAGCUUAUAAUCGAAAACCAACAAAGACAGUCAGUGAACAUGUUGCAUAUACUACCAGGACAUGGCGUUCGUGUGUCCGAGGAAACAGAUAAAUGUGAAGAAACAACAUCCGAUGAUCCUAAAAAAGCGGGAUAUAUCUAUGCAGAAACAAAUGUCUUUGAAAAGAAAUUUACCAAGCCUGUAAAUAUCUUUGAACCCAUAUUUUGGAAAAAUGUUAAAGGGAUCGGACAAGGCUUUAGAUUUGACUUGUUUUUGUCUAGUCCAAGCGGUGAACUUAGUGAAAUCAACAACGCCAUUUCAGUCAAGUUUGAAAAUUCGUCACACGCACUCAAUGUCGAUUUCUUCUCUUCUAUGGAAGGGGAGAAUGUGCAAAUAUCCGAAUAUGAACAACAGUCUGAUGACGUUGGCAGAAUUGUGCAUAAGGAAUUGUCAACUGAAAAACCAGCAGACAACAUCUUAAAAUUGUCAAUACUUGCGCAAGGUGAUUCUCUGAAGGUAAUAUUGGACAACAAAGAAGUCUUCACACAGCGCCUGCAAAUCAUUAACACUAACAGCUUACAGCAGUUUAGUGUGAACAUCUUCCACAAACCUAUAGGAACAACGAUGCUACUGUUUCAUGGUUAUUGCUUGAAUAUCGAGUAAUGUCUGAUUAUAAAGCCGACAAGCACUCCCAUCGGGCGGUGACGAGUCUAUGCGACAAAUGUCAGAUAUUUUACCGUAUUUUAUCAUAUUUGAAACUCUUUACCUGAAUAAAUUAAUUUAUAAGGGAAUUAAUGCCUUUACUUCCGUACCUAUUUACUUACAAUUGCAAACGAACUAUAAAACAAAUAUGUGUGCAAGGGAUGAGUUCCAUUAGAUUUUGCAAGUUGAGAUAUUCGUUUUAAAACAUAAAAUAUUUACACAGAUGUGUACAUAUGCACUCAUUAGGGGCUUUGAAUAUGACACGUUUGUGCCAUGUCAUGAAAAGCGACGUUUUAUCCCUAAGAGAAUGGAUGUGCAAUGGAACAAAAAUAAUAAAAACAAUAGAAAGGGGAACAGCUAGAGUGAGGCUUGCAUAUCACAGAUAAGACGUCAAAAGACAAUUUUUAAAAAAAUAAGACAGGAUAUCUUUAGGCUGAAUAUAGAGUAUUUCAGUAGGAAUACUGAAACAACCCAACUAGUUAAAACUCUUAAAGAAGACAUUUACUUAAAGUUCAGUUUACUUUUUAGCAAAGUAAACGAUUUACUCCCUACCGAUAAUUUUAUUUCCUAAAUACAUGCGAGUAGCAGUACAUAAAAGGGUCAGUGGAUAUAGAAACCGUAUGUAAGUGACAAUAUCAUUAUGGAAGCGCCUUACUGCUAUUCUUUAGAAGUUUUCAUUUUCCACUGGCUGAAUGAUCAUUUGAUCUGUUACGUAAUAUUGUAGCCACUUUUGUAACUCUUGUGUUUUCAUCCGUCUUUGAUGACAGCUUUGUUGGUGAAAAAUAUGAUGAACAAGAUCACGAGGUUAGGUGGCGUUCAAUGAACGCAGCACCCACCCGACCCAGUAACUAGAGUCAGUGGUAAGGAGCCCAGGAGGACCCAAAAAUGAUGUUUUUUGUUACUUCCUUUCAUAAGCACAAAAUAAUGUUUUACUAACUAACUUAUUGUAAUUUUCUGAUUAAAUACAAUUUUGAAAAAUACGUGAUACGCGAUAGUGUACUGUAUUUGUUUUUACUAAAUAGUGUAAUGAAUUUGUUUUUACUAAAUAGUGUAAUGAAUUUGUUUUGACGAAUGACUCAUCAUAGCCGACAUUUCAACUUGUCCUCGAGUUCUGGUGAAUUACGUGUAUUUUAGGAAAUAGAUUUUUAUAUUGAA